UGUUGUUGGGUGUUGUCAUUAUAGACAUGCCUGAACCGGCUAAGUCUGCUCCUGCCCCUAAAAAGGGCUCUAAAAAAGCUGUGACCAAGGCCCAGAAGAAGGACGGCAAGAAGCGCAAGCGCAGCUGCAAGGAGAGCUACUCCGUGUACGUGUACAAGGUGCUGAAGCAAGUCCAUCCGGACACCGGCAUCUCGUCCAAGGCCAUGGGAAUCAUGAACUCCUUCAUCAAUGACAUUUUCAGAAUCAUGAACUCCUUCGUCAAUGACAUUUUCAAGCGCAUCGCUGGCGAGGCAUCGCGCCUGGCACAUUACAACAAGCACUCAACUAUCACAUCCAGGGAGAUCCAGACUGCCGUGCGCUUGCUGCUACCUGGGGAGCUGGCCAAGCACGCCGUGUCCAAGGGCACUAAGGCUGUCACCAAGUAUACCAGCUCCAAGUAAAUAU